GUUCCCCGGUGGGGUUCGGGUUCGUGGGUCUGUGUAUGUGUGCGUGUUUUAGUGCAGAAGGACGAAGCGACGGAAAGCCGCCUUUUGUUGUCACUGUGCCCGGGUGUAACCGCGUUACUAAUCCGUGCAGAACAAAUGGUGACAGCGCGCACCCCCCACAGACACACCCUAAGUAGAACAGGAGCAGGUGAAAAUGAAGAUGUGAGAUUUUCUGAAUACUUUCUGUUCCUCUUAAUGCUGAAUCACUUUACUUCAUAAUAUCCAAAAUAGAAUAAGAGCUGAUUCAGGAUUUUCUGGUGCCCCCGGUAUAAGAAGGACAUGGAACUGUUGGAGCAAGUGCAGAGGGGACCAUGAGGUUGGUAAAGCACCUCCCCUACGGAGACAGGCUGAGAAGGUUGGGGCUGUUCAGCCUGGAGAAGAGGAAGGUGUGUGGAAACCUCAUCACAACCUUCCAGGAUCUGAAGGGGACCAUAGGGAAGCUGGAGAGGGAUUCCCUGUCAGGAACUGCAGUGACAGGACAAGGGGAAAUGCGUACACACUGUUAGAGGGGGAGCUUAGGUUAGAUAUAAGGAAGAAAUUCUUUACUGUGAAGGUGAUGAGACACUGGAACAGAUUGCCCGGGGAGAUGAUGGAUGCCCCAAUCUUUGAAAGUGUUCAAGGUCAGGCUGGAUGGGGCUUUGAGCUACCUGGGCUAGCAGGAGGUGUUCCUGCCCAUGGCAGGGGGAGUUGGGACUAGAUGAUGUUAAGGUCCUUUCCAACCCCUUAACAUUCUAUGAUUCUAUUAAACAAGUUGUUGAAUUGUAAAUUCUCUCUUUAGCCAUGGCUACUUUAUCUUACAACAGAAGAAGUUGAUUUUUAUGCUGGUCCCCAUUAUUACACUUAACCUAAAUGAAUUAAAGAGCGUGUUAGAUGUGUUUGUAUUGGGUGCCACAGAUGUGAACAUGUUUUUUCUAAGGGCAAAAUUCCUCUGUGCAGCUUUUGUAUCUCUUUACCAUAAUAAUGAAAUCACAUAAUGAAAUGGUUCUUUUGUGCUGAAUAUGCACUAGAGAAAAGUAAUCUCCAUUAAGAUGCCGGGUACAUCAUCACCCAAACCAAGGAUAUUUGUGAAGAAAGGGGCAUUUCCCAGCAAAAGUCAUUACAUGUCAUAUGAGGUGGUGCAGGAAAAACACUAGGGAAAUAGAUAAGGUGUGGAGAGCCAAGACAAUAGUCUAAACAAGCUCUAAAAAUUCAUAUUCUGAGAAAUCUAGUGUGAGAGUGAUUCUGGUGGCAAGUGGUAGCUAAGAAGAAGUGAAAAAACUGCCAGACUUUCUUGAAAAUGAAAAUUUUCUUUUCAAAGAAAAUGAAGAGCUUUUAAAAGUUUCUGUACAAACAAUUUUGCAGCAAAAAAUGCCCAACUUUAUUACCACUCUAAGACAAAUCUUGCCUAAGUUUUGAGGCUUAAAAGAACAUCACUCUUUUCCAGCAUGAAAUACUGAGUUCUAAGAAGCAGAGCUGGUGUUCCUGAGAACAAAUAACUGAGAAUUCAGAGAUGUUCAUCAGAACUCAAAACAAAAGCUUGGGAGAAUUUAAGCAACAUCUGCUGCAUGAAGGCGUUUUUACAAAAUGUGUAAAUGGAUUUGAAAGACAGCCCUUCUUGAUGCUGUGAUUCUUGUCUGGAGGGGCAGGAUGGUCACACAGCAAGAGCUGUGUUGCUGUUCUAGGGCCAUCCAGAGUCAGAGCUCUCUCUUACAUCCCAUAUUGUCUUGCCGUAUCAUAAAAUGUUAAGGGGCUGGAAUGGACCUUAAAGAGCAUCAAAUUGUGACCUCCUUGCCAUGGGCAGAGACACCUUCCACUAGAACAGGUUGCUCAAAGCACCAUCCAACCUGGUCUUGCAGACUUUCAGAAAUGGGGCAUCUGCAAUCUCCCUGGGAAACCUGUUCCAGUGCCUUACCACCAAACUAGCAAAGAAUUUCAUCCUAAUAUACCUAAAUUUCCCCUCUUUCAAUUUGUGUCCAUUACUCCUUGUCCUGCCACAACAAUCAUGAUCUUUAGUCUAUUGAAAAUGACACAGAUUAACCCUCCAACAGACAUGUGGAAGUGGCACCUUCCAGCCUACAGCAGGUGGUACAAAAAGAACAGGAACUUUUGAAUACUUGAUGUUUUCUUUUUCUGCGCUGCUUUUGUAAAAAGAAAUAAAUUACUGAAGGACUGAAGAGGGGUUAAAGCUAUACACAGCAGAAUCAGCUCUCUAGGCUCGUGAUAUUAUUCUAACACAUCACCAAAAUAACUGAAAAGGAAGAUCGAGCAGAUAUGGGUGAUGUAACAGAAAAUACAGAAUAUGAGGAUGAUUUUGAAAAAGACCUGGAAUGCCUAACUGACGAAGAAGAGAAACAAAACCUUGGUGAAAAAAAGAAUCCUGGAAAAAAGGAAGAGGAUGUUGAAGCACAAAUUCAUAAAGCUGCGUACAGCUCUCAGGAAGACAAUGAGGAAGUGGAAGAAAGUCUAGAUCAGCUUUCAGAGGCAGAUGUAAAUGUGAAAAUGAUAUAUGCUAAUGAAAAAUAUUUUCCUGAGGCAAAUAUUGAACAAAAGGGCCAUGAAUCUGAUGAGAGAGAAAGCUUUAUCCAGGAAUGUAAGCUGGAAAAUGAGCAAGAACUGGAAGAGGAUGAAGAUAUGAAGCGUUAUGUCUUGGAAAAGAUUGAAGAAGCCAACAAAAACCUGGAAAAUCAGACUCCUGUGGAUCAAAACAGAGAAAGGAAAUUAAAAUUUAAGGAUGAGAUGGAUAUAAAAGUUCCUCCUCCAAAAGAUGCUGACCUUGCAAGAGGAGAUGAUGUUUCAAUUGGGCUGUCUCAGCUGCAUAUUUCUGAUGACACAGGACAGAAACACACACUUUCAGAAGGUACUGGCUCAGAUGAGGAAAUGACAGGUGGUAAAGUCCUAGUGGAAAAAGAUGGAAAGUUUGAACUCUUAAGUUUAUGUGAUAUUGAAAGCCAGGGCAUUUUGCCCCCAAUAAGUGUUUCUUUUUCAGAUAUUGAAACUCAACGUACAGCUCCAAAAUCUUCACUCCUCACUGACCCUUCACCUCCAUCUGACUCUAAGCAACCUCCAGAUCCUGCUUCGAAUGGUGCAAAAGACCUGGGAAAACAGAAGACUGAGUCUGCAAACACAGCCACGAAAACCUCCACUUACACUCUUACUCCCAAACAAAAAGAACUAAGGAAGCAGAUAGAAAUAAGGAAUGAAAUACUGAGGAGAGAGGAAGAAGACAGGAAAAGGGAACUAGAAGAAAUGAGGAGAAGAGAGAAUGAAAUAGUUUAUAAAGCUUGGUUACAGAAGAAGAAAGUACAGCUAAAAGAAGAAAAGCGAAUUCGUCGUGCAAAGCAGCUGGAAGAGCUGAGGAUGAAAGAUGUGAACAGGGAUCCAGAAGAAGCCUACAGGUUAUGGCUUAAAAAAAAGCACCAACAAUAUAUGAAAGAAAAACGGAUAGAAUUUUUGAGACGCCAAACUGAGGAAGUGGCCUUUGUACCAAGGGCAGAGGAAUGCGACAGAGCUUUUAGAGACUGGCUGAGGAGGAAGAAAGAAGAGAAACAAGAAGCAGAACUAGCUGCUAAAGAGAGAGGCAGGCUGUUUAAAUUAGAAGCCAGAAGAGCAAGACAGAUGCGGAGUAUGCACUAUAUUUAAUUCAGAGGCAAAAUCCUUUUGCUUCACAGAUUACAGUUAAAAAUUUGAUGUAGACACAGAGUUCUUGGUGACAAUCUUCUGAAUUUUUAUGGCUUGUUUUUGUCCUUUACAGCUACUGACCUUUUGUGGUGUUUUUGAAGCUUUCAAUCAAGUUUAACAAUUACCUUCAGUGACAAUGAUUUUACUAUCUAUUUAUUUGUAAUUUAGUUGAAAAGCCUGCUUUAAUCUAUAACUCAGGGAUCUUCUUGAUUUAACCAAAUCUAAAUGAGUGCAAGAUGUAUGUAUGAGGGUGACAAAUACACAUUCCCUUCUUAGAGGCACUUUAUACUCAGCUCCAUCAUGGAUUCCUGGAUGCAGGCUACUCUGUAAAAUGUUGAAUUUUUUGUGGAUUAAUAUUGCUGUUUGAUGCUGCUAGUGAUUAAGACUGUGCAAGGUGCUAUGUUGUUGGAAAAUGAUGUUUAUUGUACCUGUUGAUCUGUUGACCAGCUCUAGACCAGAAGACUGUGUUCUUUUAGGUUCCUGGAAAGGGUCAUUGAAGACUACUGUAUAGGUGAUGGUGCAACAAGUUUUGAAACUUUUUUCUGUGAGUCAUAUGGAGUAGUUUUCUAUUUCAUGGAAUUAAAAGCUUGUGCAAAU